AUGACCUCUAAUUCAUUAUCAACAUUUGCUGAUGGAUUCAAUGUUGGUGAAACUGUUUGGGCAAGACAUAAUCACGAUAGUAUGUAUUGGCCAGGAAGAAUCUUAUCCAUAUCGAAUAAUAUGAUUGAUACAGUAUCUGAUUAUAAUUAUCAUAAUUAUUUACAAGAUCAAUCAUGGUGUUAUCUUAUUGAGUUUUUUGAACAUGAUCAAACAAAUUGGACUUUUAAUGUUUUGCCAUAUCAACAAUAUCGAGAAUAUAUGUCAAAAAAUUUAUCUCUUCAUUAUGAUUCUUAUCCUCAAAUAAAAAAUCAAUUUUUAAAUGCUGUUAAUCAAGCUGAUUAUGCUAAUAUGAAUGAAAACUCUCAUCUUAUUAAAUCACGCAAUUAUUCAUCGUCUUAUUCUUUUAAAACCAAUCACAAUGACAAUUAUAUUCCCACAUCAAAUUCUUUUGUGACAGCUUGUGAAAAUUCAAUGUCACAGCCAACGAAUGAUUAUACAUUGGAUUCUUAUUCUCAAACAUCAAAUAUUUAUUGUCAAUAUCCAUCGAACUGUUCUCAUAAUACUCAAUUACAUUUACAUAAUUAUUGUUCAUAUUGCACACAUUCUCAUUUUCCAUGCACAGAUCAAUUAUCCAGUGAAACUAAUUUCAAUGCAUUAUCACAAUUAAAUAAUAAUUAUCAUCAAUUGCAGAACGAUACUAUGAAUUCUCAAAUAGAAACUUUCGAAAAACAAAUUUCUGUUAUUAUAAUUACAUCAAAAACUUAUACAAAUUCAUCAUUUAUUUCUUAUCUUUUCAAUUGUCUCUCAAAUAUUUUUCAUUCUUCUAUAAUCUAUAUUGAUGAUUUGAGAAAUUAUCAACAUCCAAAUACAUAUAAUAUUUAUUAUCUUAUUUGUAUUGAUUAUUUUGAUUCAAUUAUUAAACAAACAUUAGAUUUAACUAUACUUAACAAUCUUAAUGCACAUAUUAAUUACUUAUUUCUUAUUAUCAAUGCACCAUCAUAUGAAAUUAUAAAACAUAUUUAUUCAAUAAUAAUAGAUAAACGAACUAUAUUUAUUCUUCAUUAUCAUUCAACAUUUGAUAAUGAACCUUUAUUAUUAUGUUCAGGUAAUCGUACAAUGUUUGACAUGAUUCGAUCAACAUUUUUAAAAUAUUUAUGUUCAAAAAUAAAAUAUAUUGAAUCAAAUGAUAAUGAACAAGAACAGUUAGAUUUAUUUAAUGCUAUUUCAAGUGUAUCUCAAUCAAACAAUAUUAAAAAUAUAUCGAUGAUAGACAUAUCGAAUCAAACAUUGAAAUCAAAUGCAUUUAUUAAUUAUCAAAAUAUUACUGAUAAAUCUUUGUCCAUAUCGUCAGCAAUGAAACGCACAAAAAAAUUAAAUCGACAAAGAGUUUUGAAUAACUUGAGAAAAAAAACGUUAACAAGCAAAUAUAAGAAACUUUUAUCAAAAAAUGAAAAAAUAUCUACUUCAUCACCUGAAUAUUGUGUACAUAAUAUUCUUGAGAAUAUCAACUUUUCAAAAUAG